AUGGUCAACCUGUGGAUAAGUGCAAGCAUAAAGUUGAAGCGUUGUGCGCCAUAUCCCUGCUUCGUGAAUGGCCCCGUUAUGGAGAUGUCAUUUCAAAGAGUUAAGACCCGACGGAGGAAGGGUCACUGCCCGGCCGGUGUCCCCCUGGAUGCCAUCGUGUGCGAGGACGAGUUCAACAGCCAGGAGCUGGAGGCUCUCUUCCAGAACUACAACCUGAAACUGGAGCAGGCGGCCACGCUAAAGGCACUGGUGGUGCUCAUUGUCGCCGCGUCAUCUCUGUCUCUCGUGGAGCUGCUGUCCCACCCUCGUCUGACUCUCUCCAAAGGUUCCAACCCCGUGCACUGCGUGGUUUUCCUCUCGCUUUUCAUCGUCACUAAUGUCAAAUACCUGCAAGUGACGCAACUGCAGCAAACGGCCAAACUCGCGCUGCUCUUCAGCUUCACCUUCGCACUGCUGUGCUGCCCGUUCCCGCUGGCACUGGGCCCGUCGGAGCCGGCGGUCGCCCCCGCACCCGAUCAAGGCGUGUGGCAGCUCAUGCUGGUCACCCUGGUGGCUUACAUGCUGCUGCCAGUGCGGACUCUGCUGGCUGUGUUUUUCAGCGGUAUGCUGGCUGGAUCCCACUUUAUUAUCAUGUCAACGUCGAUUCCCAGGAAGUCACAGGAGCUGUGGAGACCGUUGGCAGCCAAUGCGGUGCUUUUCAGUAGCGCCAACCUGUUGGGGGUGUUUGUGAGAAUUCUCACUGAGCGUACACAGAGGAAAGCCUUCCUUAAGGCCCACAGCUGCAUUGAGGAGCGGCUCAGAAUGGAGGACGAGAACGAGAAGCAAGAACGCCUGCUCAUGAGUCUCCUGCCCAGGAAUGUUGCCAUGGAGAUGAAGGAGGACUUUCUGAAGCCCCCGGAGAGGAUCUUUCAUAAGAUCUACAUUCAACGUCAUGACAAUGUUAGCAUAUUGUUCGCAGAUAUUGUGGGUUUCACCAGCAUGGCUUCACAGUGUACUGCGCAGGAAUUGGUCAAAUUGCUGAAUGAGCUCUUUGGGAAGUUUGAUGAACUUGCUACAGAAAAUCACUGCAGGCGAAUAAAGAUUCUGGGGGACUGUUAUUACUGUGUAUCAGGGCUGACCCAACCAAAGGCUGACCAUGCCCACUGCUGCGUGGAGAUGGGCCUUGACAUGAUUGACACCAUAGCGUCAGUGGUAGAGGCAACCGAGGUGGACUUGAACAUGCGUGUUGGCCUACACACAGGACGGGUGCUCUGCGGUGUGCUGGGGCUCAGGAAAUGGCAGUAUGAUGUCUGGUCAAACGAUGUCACUUUAGCGAAUGUGAUGGAGGCCGGAGGACUGCCUGGAAAGGUUCACAUUACAAAGACCACCCUGGAGUGUUUGAAUGGUGUCUAUGAGGUGGAACCUGGCUUCGGUCACAAGAGACACGUCUUCCUUCAGAAACAUCACAUUGAGACGUUUUUCAUCGUGCCGUCACACAGGCGGAAAAUCUUUCCUGGUUUAAUUUUGUCUGACAUCAAACCAGCCAAGAGGAUGAAGUUCAAGACUAUAUGCUACCUGCUUGUGCAACUAAUGCACUGCAGGAAGAUGUUCAAAGCGGAGAUCCCUUUCUCAAAUGUCAUGACCUGUGAGGAUGAUGACAAGCGGCGAGCCUUAAGGACUGCAUCUGAGAAGUUAAGAAAUCGGACAUCUUUCUCAGCUGCCACCAUCCAGCACUCACCAGGAACACGAGUCAACCGUUAUAUUGGACGCCUCAUCGAAGCUCGGGACACUGAGUCAGGGACAUCUAAUCUCAAUUACCUGACCUUGUUCUUUAGGAGCAGAGACAGAGAGCACAAGUACAACCAGAUGAGUGAUGAUCAUUUCAUCGGCGCAGUGGUUGUCUCGCUGAUCCUGGCUGCAUUUUUUGGCCUUAUCUAUCUGUUAAUGAUCCCACAGGGAAUGCUGGUACUGCUUCUGUUGGUGGUAUGUGUCUGUUUUCAUGUGGCCUGUGUCAUGUACCUGCAUAUUACGAGUGUUCAGUGUCAACCGGGCUGCCUCACCAUCCAGAUCCAAACAGUUGUCUGUGUCUUCCUUGUUUUGCUCUCUUAUUCUGUUGCACAAGCCUGCAUGGUGGGAUUUAUUCCUUGGGGUCGAGCUAUAAUCAGAUCAAACAACUCUGUGCAGCGUUCUCCUGCAGACAUGUUUGGUGUAGAAUCACCCAACAACACAGCUGCAGAUAGAACUGGUCCGAACGUGGCGUAUGCGCUGUUGUCCUGUUUAGCUGGUACGCUCACCAUUGUUCCCUACCUCAGAGUGUCCUCAUUCCCAAAGAUCCUCCUGCUUCUCCUUCUGUCCGUCACCUACACAGUCAUGAUGGAGACCAGUGGGUAUCGCCAAGCUGUCAGUGGUGGGUUUCUACACACUCGGGGAUAUGAUCCUGUGUUGGCUGUCUUGCUGUUCUCUGGAGCUCUUGCUCUCCACUCAAGACAGCUCGACCGAAAGCUGCGACUUGACUACUUGUGGGCAACACAGGCAGAAGAAGAGAGAGACGACAUGGAGAAAGUGAAACUGGACAACAAGAGGAUCCUGUUCAACCUGCUGCCAGCACAUGUGGCUCAACACUUCCUAAUGUCGAACCCCAGAAACAUGGACUUAUACUACCAGUCCUAUGCUCAGGUUGGUGUCCUCUUUGCUUCAAUUGCCAACUUCAAUGACUUCUACAUCGAGUUGGAUGGAAAUAACAUGGGUGUCGAGUGUCUGAGGCUGCUCAAUGAGAUCAUUGCUGACUUUGAUGAGCUGAUGGAUAAAGAAUGCUACCGGGAUAUUGAGAAAAUCAAGACUAUUGGCAGUACAUACAUGGCUGCUGUGGGGCUUGUUCCUACAACUGGCUCAAAGGCAAAGAAUUCCCUCACUUCACAUCUAUGCACAGUAGCAGAUUUUGCUAUUGAGAUGUUUGAUGUCCUGGAUGCAAUUAACUACCAGUCUUAUAAUGACUUUGUCCUUAGAGUUGGAAUCAAUGUGGGCCCAGUGGUAGCAGGAGUCAUAGGGGCCAGAAGGCCUCAAUAUGACAUAUGGGGAAACACAGUGAAUGUAGCAAGCCGAAUGGACAGUACUGGAGUACAAGGGAAAAUACAGGUGACAGAAGAUGUCUAUCGUGUGAUUGCAAACCAGUAUAAAUUUGUUUGUCGGGGACAAGUCAGUGUAAAGGGCAAAGGCCAGAUGCUCACUUACUUCCUGGAAGAGCCGAGGCUAAGCUGUAGUCUAUCUCACUCCCUUCAGCAGCCCCGCAAUUCGGAGCAGCGCUUAAGCGCCUUUGACCAAGCAAGUGUUUGCACCAGGUUAAGCCCAGCCCCUACAGUGACCACCUAUCCUACAGUGAGGACCCCAAUCCCAUCCUUUGCUAAACCAAUGCUUUCCACCAGCACCACUAGGUACCUGCCAUCUGUCCCAACAGAACUAGUUUGAUGUCCACUCUCUCCGAAGUAGUAGUUUAAAAAAUGGUUGAAAAAAAAAAAAAAGAAAAAAAGAUGGCAGCAACAACAAAGCACAAAGAAGCAGGGAAGGAUGUUAUCUGACUUAUUGAUAGCUAUCCAGUGGGUAUUCUGGAUUUGGCACUCAAGUGCAUCCACAACGGAUCAUAUGUGGCCUCAAUCAGAGUCUCCCACCACACUCGAACACUGUUUGUUGUUUGACGCUAAGGGCGUCAUGAGCAGGAUACAGGAUGCUAUGGUCUCUUUGCUCUGUAGUCAAAAGCCAAGGAUGUGUCCAGGAUUUCAGAGCAAACUCCUGGCUGUAUCCGCAACUAUAAUAAACAAAGUCAGCCAAACAACAUCCACAGUCAAUAGUGUAGCACGCAAAACUCUUUCCAAGAAACGGAACAUUCCUUUAACUACAUUAGACGACCCCUUUUUUUACAGAAUCCAAACAAAUCCGUGCUAUUGCCUUGACUUCUCAGAAUGAGCAGAAUGAGUUCAUCGCUACUUUAUUUGGGCUUUUACGAUGUUAUUGAUAUUACACAGCAGAUGAAUUUAUUACUGGUGCAUUGUUGACAAUGACAUAUUUAUUUAAAAGUAGAUGGAGCCAAAUGUAUAAUUAUGCUAUUAACUUGCCAAAAUACAACAAGGCAUGGCCUUUAAUCAUUGUUGCGUCAGUGUACGCUUAAGGCCUCAUCAUCGUAAACCUCUGACGGCAAGUGAGGUCGACUUAUUUUUUUUUGGACCAAGCUGCCCAGAUAAGUGCAUGAAGCCACUGCUGCAUUUCAGUCAUGUUGCUAUUUGUUUGCCUGCAAUGCUUGACUUUCAGAUUGUUCCUUGUCGAAGUGUAGCAAUAAAAGAGUUUGUAUCCUACCACAGCAUAAUCACCUUUGCAUGCUAAAGCCUGCUGGACCUUUGUUCGAUCUGAUGGUUGAUUUCGCGAUUAGAAUGUGCAUAGUUAACUACACAAAUCUGUAUCUCUGUGAAGUUGAAGAAUGACCUAGAAAGCCUAUUUUCUACAUCUCGUGAGUGUAACUCGUUCCAAACGGAAUUGCAGCAAAAAGGAGAGAAAAAAAAUCCAUUUACUUAUUGAGUAAUGUUUUUAUUGUUAAAAUGGUCUAAUAGUCUACUAUUUUUACUACCUAAAAUAUGCUUUCAUUUGUCAAAUAAAACUGCCGUUUCUGAGGAGUCACAAAAACCUGUAUGUCUUCCUCAAGUAAAAAAUCUAUUUAAUGGUAUAGCAUGCUACACACUAACAGUUAACUGUCCUCAAAUCCAAUGGAGCAUGCAGUACUUGGAAGCCGCUGGCUAUCACAUACAUGCAAUGAUGGAACCUGAAAACAACUUGGGCGGCAGACAAAACUGGUUCUAUAUAGUAUGCAUGUGUGUAUGCAUAUACCAGUGCUUUCUUGACCUGUCUUCUUCAAAAGCUUGGUGUACAAACCUUUUGACAAUAUUUCAGGAUAGUUGGACAUUAAAGGCGCUAUUCUCCCAUUUGUGUAUGUUUUUUUAAAAUAAAUUUGAUUGUUUCUAUGACAUCACUGCCCCAUAAUAACAACUGAGCACCUAAUGUGUGCGUAAACACCAAUAAGUCAUGGCUUGUUGAAGUCUGAGGAUGGUUGUGAUUGCAGGAAGAUGGAGUUUAUUAUGAGACUUGUCGACGCCAUACAAAUACAUUUGGAAAAUAAUGGACACUUUAAAUUCGAAAUUACCUUCUUUAGCAGAAAUAUCAUUGCCUUUGAGACGCUUGCACCCCUAGUCUAACGGGCUACUUUAAAAAAGCACGGUAUUCUGUAUUGAUGUAAAUUGAGUAAAAAUCGUGUAAUUCGAAUAUUCUCCUAAUAAUGUUUGAAGGUCAUUCAAUUAAAAAAGUGGGUGUACUUGCUGCUCUAUGCAACAGUACUUUCCAUACCAGUGCCGUUGCUGGGCCUGUUUAAGGGAGGGCUACAGUUCAGUUGUUAAUGGUGAAGGUAAAUUGUCUUACCUCCCCUGAAACCGCUUUCCAGCCACCCAAAAAAUAUUGGUCUCUAGCUGCUUGCCUUUUUUAAAUACUCUGACAUAAACGGAACAAUAUGACCAUUAAGUCUUGGGGUUCCUCUCACUUCUUCCUGCCGUUGUUGGCGAUCAAUAGGUUACAAAUGUGCCAAUAUAUUUUUAUAAACAAACUUUUUGUGUUACACCGUAGCAAAAUUAAUGUGUGACUGGAGGAAAACUGGAUUUUCUUUGUUGAAUGCCUGAAUUUCUCUUCUUUCAACUGUUACUGAGCAUUGUUUUUGUAUUGUCCCAAAUGGGGAAAAUGUUGGUACUUGUUUGGAAAUAUUACCGGAGUGAAAAGAUGCUAUACAACUUAUGGUAUUAAAAUUAUUUGACUGGCUACAUUAUAGCUCAUAUCCUUGCUUUAUGUUUCUAAACAUGGAUCAUACUUGAUGCAAUUGUUGUAUGUAGCUAUUUCUCACUAUUGUACAUUGUAGUUUUUUUUCCCCCAGAACUAUAUAAUUUAUUUUUUUCUUCUUUUUUGUUGAAAAUGUAUCGUAUUGAGAUGUUUUAUGUGAAUUGAAAGAGAAUACAGUAUUUUUACAAGUGUUUGCACUCAUCUGAUAUUGACAUAUUGUUAAUAUGAAAAUAAAGUAAGAGGGGAUUGUGUCACCGGGGGAACUCUAAUUUCUCUACCAAACAUGAACUACCAAGUUGUAUAACAGGAGGAAAAAAAAGUAGCUGAACUAUGGCACAACACUUAGUGUCAGUAAGAUUCCAGCAGUGUUUUUCAGAAGUAGUCAUUCUUCUCUCAUUGCAAAACAUGACCACUGAGAGGGUAAAUGCAGACUACACACAUAUUGUACACGCACACCCAUCCGCACGAACAUGGAUUUCAAGCAUUUCCUCAGAAAGUGCAUUUGACAAGUUUAAUUUGUGUGUGUAUGUGUGUUGAACAAGCAAAAUACAAUUGUCAGCAAAUGCAUGAUGUAAAAAUGUAGUAUCAGGCUAUUUUUUGUUGACAGUACAUGAAAAUGAGUAUUUUCUGAGCCGCUUAUCCUCACAAAGGUCGUGAGAGUGCCGGAGGCUGUCCCAGCGGUCAUGGGGCAGGAGGCGGGUUGCACCCUGACUGUCUCCCAGCCAAUCGCAGACCACAUAGUCACAGACAACAGAUGCACUCACAAUCAUACCUAUUGUUAACUUGGAAGGGCCGGGAUUCGAUACCUGGUCCUCAGAACUGUGAGCCCAAUGCUGCUCCAGUUCCAGCUCCAGUUGCCUCACCGUGCCGCCAGAUGAAAAUAACCACAGCACUACACUUCCAUUAUUUAAUCUUUGGUGUCAAGCUGGAAAAGUGUCUUGAAUAUUGGAAAACC